AUUAGGGAAUAAAAUCUCAUAAUUCUCCCCUAAUUAUUGUACUUUGUAGACACUUCUGUCUGAGAAAGAGUCAACGAAAGCCCUAAUCUGUUUUUGGACAGAGACACAACACUACCUCCUCCUGUCUUCUUCCUUCUGUCAUCAUAAUUCGUGUUCCAUUCCCACACUUAUGGUCGAUUCCUAAAACGUUGUAUCUGCAUUAAUUUGAUGCUCCAAAACCUCUGUCUACUUGGCUAUCUUCUUCUUAAAGUCUCCAACUUUUAGGGUUUUAAAGGGAUUUUCACAGAUCUCGAAAUCUCGCCUCGUCUUUAAUCGCUUGACUAUCUAUCGAGAUUCGCAACUACUAGCAUAGUUUCUCGAUUCGGGUCUCUCAUCUCCGUAAAAAAUCGUCUUUUUCUUCCUGGGUUUAGCUUAAUUCAAGCGAUGGCGGAUGAGAAAGACGGUGGACGCAUGAGUGACGCUAGCGAUUAUUCUUCAGAGGAUGAAGGAACAGAGGAUUACAGGAGAGGAGGCUACCAUGCCGUGCGAGUGGGCGAUACUUUCAAGAAUGGAUCUUAUGUGAUUCAGAGUAAGCUUGGUUGGGGUCACUUCUCCACUGUUUGGCUCGCUUGGGACACUCUCAAAUCACGUUAUGUAGCUUUGAAAAUCCAGAAGAGCGCACAGCACUACACUGAGGCAGCCAUGGACGAGAUCAAAAUCUUGAAACAGAUUGCGGAAGGUGACCCCGAAGACAAGAAGUGCGUUGUGAAGCUUCUUGAUCAUUUCAAGCACGCGGGUCCUAACGGGCAGCAUGUGUGCAUGGUCUUUGAGUAUUUGGGAGAUAAUCUCUUGUCUGUUAUCAAGUACAGCGACUACCGUGGUGUCCCUCUCAACAUGGUUAAAGAGCUUUGUUUCCAUAUCUUAGUCGGUUUGGAUUAUCUUCACCGCGAGCUUUCGAUUAUCCAUACCGAUAUCAAACCGGAGAAUAUUCUCCUCUGUUCCACCAUCAACCCUGAGGCAGAUGCUAGGAGAACCGGUGCUCCUCUUGUUCUUCCAACCGCUAAGGACAAGGCUGUUGCUGAGAAAGAGAAACCGAAGAGUUACACGUACAGUGCGGAUAUGACUAAGAACCAGAAGAAGAAGAUCCGUAAGAAAGCUAAUAAGAAGGUAGUGGUUGAAGAGGACGGUUCAGAGGAAAACGAGAGAGCUUCUAACUCCGAGGCGAAACCAAACGGAAACUCAACUGUGGAGGAGGGUUCAGAAGGGAGUUCCGAAAGAGCGAAAGAGGCAGAGAAUGUCGGCGAAAAGAGUCGGGGCAAUAGGAGAGGAAGUAGAGCUACUAGGCAGAAGUUGCUUGCGGAUGUUGAUAGGAAAUGCAAGCUGGUUGAUUUUGGGAAUGCUUGUUGGACUUAUAAGCAGUUCACGAGCGAUAUUCAGACAAGGCAGUAUCGAUGUCCUGAGGUUAUUCUUGGCUCAAAGUACUCAACCUCGGCGGAUAUGUGGUCUUUUGCAUGCAUUUGCUUCGAGCUUGCUACUGGAGAUGUUCUGUUUGAUCCUCACAGCGGUGAAAACUAUGAGAGGGAUGAGGAUCACUUGGCAUUGAUGAUGGAGCUUCUUGGGAUGAUGCCACGAAAGAUUGCAUUAGGAGGACGCUACUCGCGUGAUUACUUCAACCGGCAGGGUGAACUAAGGCACAUUAGGCGGUUGCGGUUCUGGCCACUGAGCAAGGUUUUAAUGGAGAAGUAUGAGUUCAGCGAGGAAGACGCGGUUGCUAUGCAAGAUUUCAUCACUCCCAUUCUUGAAUUUGCACCUGAGAAGAGACCUACUGCUGCUCAGUGCUUAACGCACCCUUGGCUGAAUCCUGUCCCUAGAUCACUUAAACCGUUACCGAGUCCACAAAAACCCAAAGAAGAAGAAGAUUCUACAGAUGAGAAUAAAGCCAAGGAGAAGGAUGAGAGGGAAGCCAUGGAGGUUGGCGUUGGGAAUAUAGCCAUUGAUGGGUCAGAGGAAAAGGUGUCAGCAAGAGCAGGUCGUCAAUCUGCUCGUGAUCUUCGCACUUGAGAAAACAAAGUUUUGGAUUUGUCUUUCGAAUCACUUCUUUGGAGAUCAAGGAUUUAGAGUGUGUUUGUUUUUUUUCUCCCUCGGCUUGUUGGAAACAAAAGAUUUGAAAUUUCAUUGGCUUUCGAACCAA